ACCAAGAAAAUUAUAUUUUAUAUUUAAAAAAAUUAAAGAAAAAAUUAUAAAUUAUAAAACAUCAAAUAAAAUGAAGAGCAACAUGCGCGCACUCUCAGUCAGUUUGUGGCGCAACAGCUUGGGUGUUAGUCAACCGCUUGCUUGCGUCGCCACAAAAUCGACUGAAAUCACUCAACAGCUAACCUUUGCCACCCAAUCUGGUGCCGUGCCUCAAGGUAAUGUGCGUGAAAAUUCGAGUGCUGCCACGGCCGCGGCCACGGCUAACCAUCCUGAAAUGGUUUGUCCACAUUUGGCUAACGGCGGUGAUGCGGUACAUGAGACGAGCGAGUGGCAAAAUGCAUUGCCAUACAAUGAGAUACCCGGUCCGAAACCGAUACCCAUUUUGGGUAAUACAUGGAGAAUGAUGCCGAUCAUCGGUCAAUAUACAAUAUCUGAUGUUGCGAAAAUCUCAUCGCUAUUGCAUGAGCGUUAUGGCCGGAUUGUACGCUUUAGUGGUCUCAUCGGACGCCCAGAUUUGCUAUUCAUAUACGAUGCUGAUGAAAUUGAAAAGUGUUAUCGCAAUGAGGGCGCAACACCUUUCCGUCCGUCAAUGCCUAGCUUGGUAAAGUAUAAAGGGGAAAUUCGAAAGGACUUCUUCGAGGAUAUCGGUGGAGUGGUGGGCGUACACGGCGAGCCUUGGCGUCAGUUUCGUUCACGCGUACAAAAGCCGGUGCUGCAAUUAUCGACGAUCAGACGUUACUUGAAGCCGUUGGAGGUGGUCACAAACGAUUUUUUGGAACGUUGUGAGCAGUUGUUGGAUGAGAACUCUGAGUUACCUGAGGAUUUUGAUAAUGAAAUACACAAAUGGUCGCUGGAGUGUAUUGGGCGUGUGGCGCUCGACACCCGGCUUGGCUGCUUGGAACCUAAUCUUUCGCCUGACUCCGAACCACAACAAAUUAUCGACGCUGCCAAAUAUGCAUUGCGAAAUGUCGCCACACUAGAGCUUAAGGCUCCCUACUGGCGCUAUUUUCCCACGCCACUAUGGACGCGUUACGUUAAGAAUAUGAAUUUCUUUGUAGAAGUUUGCAUGAAAUACAUUGGUAAUGCAACGGAGCGUCUGAAACAGCAAGGUCCAAGUCGCGAUAGCGAGCCUUCGCUGCUCGAAAAGGUGAUACUCGCCGAGAAUAAUGAAAAAGUAGCCACCAUUAUGGCUUUGGAUUUGAUUUUAGUUGGCAUUGACACGAUUUCCAUGGCAGUUUGUUCUAUACUCUAUCAGCUCGCAACGCGCCCUGCCGAGCAACAGAAGGUGCGUAACGAAUUGAAACGCGUGUUACCCGAUGCCGAGACUGAACUUUCUAUACAACGCCUCGAUCAGAUGCACUACCUGAAAGCUUUCAUAAAAGAGGUCUUCCGCAUGUACAGCACAGUAAUUGGUAAUGGCCGAACUUUGCAAGAAGACACGGUAAUUUGCGGAUACAGAAUACCGAAGGGUGUUCAAGCUGUCUUCCCCACCUUGGUCACAGGACAAAUGGAGGAGUUUGUUUCAGAUUCGGCCACUUUCAAACCGGAACGCUGGUUAAAAUCGAGUCAGGGCGGCACUGGUGAUCAUCUACAUCCCUUCGCAUCACUACCAUAUGGUUAUGGUGCGCGUAUGUGUUUGGGUAGACGUUUUGCGGAUUUGGAAAUGCAAAUCCUCUUGGCCAAGCUCCUCCGUAAUUACAAGCUAGAAUACAAUCACAAGCCAUUAGAUUAUGCCGUGACGUUUAUGUAUGCUCCGGAUGGUCCAUUGCGCUUUAAAAUGACCAAGGUGGAAUAACUUUUAAUAUAAGCAUACAAUAUGACAUGUACAUAUAUAUCAAAAUAAUAUAAUUUUCUUUUAAGAUAGAUAAGACCCAAUAAAAAGCUAAUUUUUCAUAGUUGAAAAGUUAAAAUAGGUCAUGCCAUAUUUUUUUCUAAAAAAAUUUAAGGCCCCAUUUCACAAUGUCCGGUUAACUUAGUCUUUAACUGGAGGACAACUAAUCACCAGAUGGGCUGAUGUGGCAUUUUCGUUUUUACCAAGCUCUGGUCACUGAACUUCUGAUUAGUUUGAUCAUCGUGAAUAUUUUAAGCCAAGUUCACAACGAUUUGCAUUGUGAAUAAAUAAAAACUUCAAGAAAU